CAAAGACGGACUUCCGAAGCAAAUGUAGCAGAAUAGCCCGUACUUUGUUUACGUCCGGCUGCUGGACUGACAGCUGUCGGAAAGCUUUACGCACAUGAACAUUCGUAACUGCGUGUCUGUCGUGGUUGCCCGCCACUUGGUGAACUUUUGUUUUGAAAUGCUAAGAAUGGAGCGUUUUGUUGAAUGAGAAGAAGACUCGCUAGAUGCCGAGAGGAGGAUGAACUCCAUCACCGGUCGGGCUCUUGCUAUCCCCGCCGCCUCUGUCACCAACUCUGGAGCUUCAUCCUCUCGAGCCCUGCAUGUGGAACUCACAUCCCAGCAGAGACGGUUGCGUCAUCUCCGGAGCAUUGCUGCCAGGAACAUAGUCAACAGGAAUGGUUCUCCACUGCUGGACACUUACUUCACCCUCCACCUCUGCGUAGGAGACCGCAUUUCUAGAGAUUUUUACAAGAGUGAAGUCAUUCGAGACUCACUGAACCCGACCUGGCGGAGCUUGGACUUUGGUAUGCUCCCGGACCUCCUGGACACUUCAGUGUCUUGCUUUGUGGUUCGGAUUUGGGGAGGGCAGAAGGAGCAGUACCAGCUCCUCAUUGAGUGGAAGGUCAACUUGGACGGCCUGAGAUACACAGGGCAACAGAUUCGAUCCAGAUACCCAAAUGAGAUCAUAUUUGGGCUGAAUGAUGGCUACUAUGCAGCUGACUUUGAUCACAAGGAUCCGUCGGAGCGGAAGAAUUACAGUCUGCUUCAGGUCGACCAGAGUUCAGUCAGGAACUCCUACAGCGUUUUCUCUUUGCUCAGGCUUCACACAGCACAGAGAGCCAUCAAGCAGACCCAAGUGACAGUUCAGAGGUCCGGCAAGGAGAUUGAGGAAAAACUAAGAACGACGGCGGCUUGCACUGAGCGGAAGAAGGAGCGGGAGUGCAUGCAGCUGCGCAUAGCUGUGCUCUGCUGCGAGCUGCAGCGGCAGAAGAAAGCGCUCGGCAGGGAAAUAGACGUUCGGCAGAAGGAGAGGGCACAUCUACAGAAGAAAGAGGAAGCGUUUUCCUCUCAGCACAAAAGUCUGAAGGAGGAGAAAGAAUCCCUAACAAAGUCGCAGAAGGAAUGUACGGCCAAGAGAGAGCAGUUCCUCAAAACCAACGCCCAGCUCACCUUCCGCUGUCGUCAGCUCCUCUCUGAGCUCUCCUACAUCUACCCCAUCGACGUGGUCAAUCAGUCGGAUUAUGUCAUCUGUGGAGUGAAGCUGCCAAACUCGGACGACUUUCAAGCAAAGGACGAUGGGAGCGUGGCGGUCGCCCUGGGCUACACGGCACACCUGGUCCUGAUGAUCUCCUGCUUCCUCCAGCUCCCUCUCCGGUACCCGGUGAUCCACAAGGGUUCCCGCUCCUCCAUCAAGGACACCAUCACUGACAGACUCUCUGAGAAGGAGAGAGAAUUCCCGUUGUAUUCUAGAGGAGAGCGCUUUCAUUUUGAAUAUGGCGUCUACUUGCUAAACAAGAACAUCGCCCAGCUGAGAUAUCAGCACGGUUUGACCACCCCGGACCUGCAGCAGACGCUUCCCAACCUGAAGAACUUUCUGGAGCACGGCCUGAUGGUGCGAUGUGACCGACAUCACGUCUCCAGCUCGAUUCCAGUGCCCUCCAAGUCGCAGCUGGGUGUGUCCGCCGCCUCAGAAACGGGCUACCCUCACCACAACAGUUCUCCGGACCGAGACCCGAGGAAGAGGACGAGCUCGGAGGCCGAGGCGCAGCUCAAGUACAAGCCAACGCCUUCCCCAAACAACAAGGCAGCCGCAGGGGAAGAGCGGCCUCCAGCUAACCUGACACCACCUUUACCGGCACCAAAGCAUGUGUCCACGUUGCUUGACGCCAGCACAGCCUCGCCUCACCUCAACACACGUGCAGCGGCCAACAAGGAGGAGGAGGAGGAGGAGGAGGAGGGCGAGCAGCAGGAGGGUGGGCACAGGGAGGUAGAGGAGAAAAAUAAAACCGCUUCCGUAGAGUGGGAAGCGGAUAAACAAAAAGAAUCCGAGGAGCGGCCGGCCAGCAGCACAGAGGCAUCCAGUUCCUCCGCAGUGCAGGAAGCUGGAGAGGAAACUGUUUCCAGUAACCAUACAGGCGCAAUGAACGGCUCCCUGGCAACAGGUCAGGCGCCGUUAGGCCUCGUCCCGGAGCUGCAUUGCUCCGUGGAGCAAGCUGAGGAGAUCAUGGGCACAGAGGCCAUGGGGCUGGGGGUGGGGUUGGGCUUAGGGGUGGGGCUUGGCUUAACAGACGAGGCCCGGCUGGAAGACUACCACUGCAUUCCUGUAGACCACGCAGUAGCCGUGGAGUGCGACGAACAGGUGCUGGGCGAGCUGGACGUGGCAGGCUUUGAGGAGUUCAACAGGCGCAUCUAUGCACUAAACGAGAACAUGUCCAGCUUCCGCCGGCCGCGCAAGAACUCUGACAAAUGAGAUUUGGGGGGGGGGGAGGCAAAGGGCAGAAGGCCACUGGGAGUCUUGGUAAAACUUGCACAUCGUCUGAACAGAUACAAGGCAGGGAGAUGAACUGAACAGACUGGAGUGUGGUUCUGAGCAGCAGCUGUUCUGGAUGAACCGAUUUGCACUUAUUAAGGACAUUUCCCCCCAGUAAUCUUUCCAGUUAGAAAAGUCAAAUGAAAGUCCUGGGACAGAAAGUGUUUUCAAUUUACUAAGUUUGACGUCAGUUUAUGAAUUCAACAAUUACGCGAGACUAUACGUGGGACCACUCAGGUGACAUUUCCACUCUCAUCUAGUUUUCCAGUAGAGAUGCAAAGAGAAACAGAAUCUUUUCAUUGGUUGCCAGUCGUACAAUUACAAACUUGACCCAAACUCUUCAGUGCGGAAGUUUCUGCUGUGAGAAGAAGAUUGAAAGUUUGCUAGAUUUAGUGUCAUUGAGAUGUUUAAGAUGAAGUUGGGAGAAACAGAUAUAAGUUUUGAAAGAAAUCUGUGUUUUCUAUUACUUGUUGGAGCAUGUCGAAACAAAUGUAUCAUUUGACACUUGAAAUAAGACAAAGCCAACAUAUGAGUAACUUUUUAGCAAGAUAUAGGAGCUAGUUUUAAGUAAUUCCUUAAUAUUGGUAAUAAAAAAAAAACUACUCGCUCCACUGAUACCAAGACAUUUUCCAGUGUUAUAAGUGAAUUAAUCUGCUGGUGGAAGAAGUCCUUUUUUUCACCCAUGUUAAUGAAUUAUUUACUUAAAACAGGCUCCUAUAUCUUGCUGAACAGUUACUUGUUGGAGAGUUUCGAUUUAUUUUAAGUGUACCAAGAUAGUUUUUGCAGUGCUGGGGUUAACUCAGGCUGCGAGGGAGAAAAAUGGAGAGCAAGGCUUACACCAGAUAACAGGAAGGCUGAGUGUAAAGUGCUACUUUCGUAACUCUCUAAGGUCAGGAAUAAACCCAGUCAUCCUAAUGAUGUUUCAGAUGUCAACCCACUGGGUUGGAUGUCAGUAGAAUGCUUUCUAUUAUAGAUCUGAGCGUUAUUAGCAAGGAAAGCCUUACAAAAACCUGAAACUGGAAAUUGACCAGAGUCGACAUAUCGGUGUAUCUUUACUGGCUAUUAUUACCAUUGCAGCCCUUUGCAACCUCAGUUAAAAAUCCAUUUUCUGCUGCAACCAGAGAGCAUCUUCAGCACAUUGUCUUCAUUCCCAGCUUACUGUCCCAGCACUUCCACCGUUGACGACCACGAUGCUUUCCUAACUUCAUUCAGGGUGCAUGUCACUGGAUGCGUGCAACAGGGAGUUUUCGGACUCUGACAUAAGCGAGCGUCAGACAGUCAUCAGCGUCAGACGGCCACGCGUGCGCAGUUGGGACGCUCCCACCAAUGAGCUUUUGGUCACAGCAGUAUUUCUGCUGUUGCCCAGUGAGGUGGAAGCUGCGACUGGGCGGCCGGCUGCGGAGACGUCUCGCCGAUCCCCGCCCGCCGACGGGACACGCACUCUGCACACGCUCGGUUUUUCCUCCAGGCUUUAAACGUGAAUUUCACAGGUGGACGGCGGGACCUCACAGCGAAUGGCAGGGAAACGGUGCAAUUGAUUAUUUCUUUCAUCCACCUUUGUGUCUAUCCCUUUGUUGUUGUUGAUUUAUUUUUUACGAACUCUCCGACAAAGAAUUCCAUUCUUAACGUCUGGUCCGCUGACGUUUACAUUCGGUUGAUUAAAUUUUACAUUCGGUUGUUCUGGAAUGUCCCUCUCAGGCUCCUGUCUAACUGUUUUUUUUUUGUUGUUGUUGUUUAACAAAAUCCUGCUGUCUGUGAUCGAGUCCUGUGUCUCCCUGUUCUGAAUGCUUUCCUGCACUGGUAUUCAAUUAUUGCUUUAUUUAUGUCUCUACAAAUAUAUGUGAAAUGUAAACCGAUGCAUAGAUUUAUUUCCUGAUAAUAUUGAAUGUGGCACAUGAAUAUUGUUAACUCCUAAGACUGAUAUCCGACGUGGGGCGCCGGACCCGGAUAGUCCCUCUGAAUAAUCUGCCACAACAAAGAUGGACCCGCCGCCUUCAGCCCAUGACGAGUUUUAGAUCCUGUAAGGUGGAGACUGGAAGCAUUGAGAGAGAAAAAAAGGAACAAUGUUAUAUCAUUUCCAUAAACUGCUAUUCAGUUAAACAAAUGUACAUAUUCUUUUGUAUGGAGAAUUUUUUUGGUUAUUAAAGACGUUCAGUCCAACGGCAUGGGUGUAUUUACCUCCCUUUA